AUGCAGCUGAGAGCGCGUCUGCACGUCUCUGUGCAGACGCCGAAGCAGAAACCGCUGCAACCGAUGUGUCAUCGGUUGCUAAAGCGUCUCAAGUAUGAGCUCGGUGUCUCAUACUCUCCUGAUACAGAAGAGGGGUCCGUAUCGAAGGCGGUUAAAACCAAGCCGCCUGCCAAGCGUGGCAUGGAUGAUGCUACGCGUCGUAGCAUCUUUGGUUCGUCUGACGAAUCAGAUGAACCAUCGCCAAAGCGAAGGCGCUCGAGAUCGCAUGACUCGGGCGCUCACAGCGGUAUCGGUUCUCCUAUUGACACCACUUCGCAGCGAGGUACCAAUACUUCUGUCGGCGCGUCGCAGGAAGAGCGGGACCGCAACGUGUUGCGUCUCGCUCCCAAAAAGAAGGCAUGGCUGCCUCCAAUUCAGUCAUCGAUCGAUUGUCGACGACGACAAGUGAUCGCUAUCAAAAGCGAUUGUUCGAUUCGUCAAGGAUCCAUCACCUUGACCCCAGUGCGAUAG